AUGACUCCUUCCAUCCUUAUCGCCGGCGCCACCGGCAAUACUGGCCGAGCUGUUGCUCAAACACUGCCGAAGUUGCUUCAAUCCAGCAGCACCUUAUCCGGGUACCGCGUUAUUGCUCUCACUCGCACUUCGAGCAGUCCUGCAGCACGCGAGCUUGCUAAAUUGCCCGGAGUUGAAGUGAUCGAGCAGAACUGGGUUGAGAUCACCGCCGACUGGCUCCGCGAACACCAAGUUGCUAGAGUGUUUAUUGCAUCCCAACCCGAGCCCAACCAAUUUGCCGUAGAGUCGACCUUCCACCUCAAUGCCCUCAACGCUGGCGUCAAGUAUGUCGUGCGGAUCUCCACUACGGCUGCGAAUGUCUGUCCGGACUGCCCUGCCUACCAUCCACGCCAGCACUGGGCCAUUGAGGCUCUCCUCGGUUCACCCGAGUUCGACAACUUGCAGUGGACCUCUCUUCAGCCGAACAUCUUCUCAACACUCAUUUUGUCCCCUGCUGCGGAAUUCAUCAAGAAGUACCGCAGGACUGGAGAACAGAAUACACUUCGGUUAAUAUUGUCAAAGGAUGCACCGGUCGGCAUUAUUGAUUCCGACGAGGUUGGUGUUAUUGCAGCUCAUCUCUUAUCCCAGGAUGACACUUCCAGCCAUAAUAAGUCCAGAUACGUUCUGAAUGGACCAGAGGACAUCACUGGGAUGCAGAUUGUUGCAAUGGUUGAACAGCAUAUUGGUACACCCGUCAAAGAUGUUAGGUACAAGGACCUCUCGUUUGUCGACACGUUGUAUGAGGACAAGUAUGCGGCAACCAAGCAAUCGAAGAACAUCAUCUACUCGAGCAAGCGGGCCAUCGACACAGCGUGGGAAGGGAAAUGCUCGACUUCUACGACCAGCAACGAGAUCCUGAAGCUUUAUACUCCAAAGUGCACGCCUGCUGAUGCCUUGAAAGCGUUACUGGAGGGCUAG